CAUCUAAUCAGUUAUCGACCGCCGCCGACGUGUCUCUCGGUUCUAUUGUUUCGAGUAGCCGAAGCUAAAGCCUCCCCAAAAACAGUUCAAAAUGAAAACCAUCGUCGCAUUCGCCUUCGUCCUGGCUCUGGCCCUCGCCGCCCCGCUGGAUGACUCCAAGAACGCUCAGAUCCUGAAGUACGAGAACGACAACAUCGGCGUCGAUGGAUACAAGUUCGCCUUCGAAACCAGCGAUGGACACACUCGCCAGGAGCAGGCUGAGCUGAAGAAGCUUGGUGAUGACGUCGAGGCCCUCGUCGUCCGUGGCUCGUACUCGUUCACCGCCGAUGACGGACAGGUGUACACCGUCAACUACGUCGCCGAUGAGAACGGCUUCCAGCCCGAAGGUGCCCAUUUGCCCACGGUCUAAGGCUCCGGACGAGGACGUCUUUCCAAAGGCACAACACCAAACAAGUACCAGCAAACGAGCGAGUAGGAACCGUAUCGAUAUUGUUACAUUCUGCGAUGUCAACGGGCUCCUAGAACACCACGCGUCACAGAGAACCGGAACGGAAACGAAACCAUCCGCACGCUGUAUGCUGCCGGUCUCGGGUGGCGCUUGUUUUUCUGCACGCAACCGAACACACACAUACACACAUACAACCACCACCAAGGGAUCUUAGUUCGAGUAAUUUUGUACAUUUUUUUUUAUUUUAAACGCAGCCGUUUUUUUUCGAAAGCGGCUUACGUCUAAGUAAAAUCCUCCUCCGGCGUCGCACCGCAGACAAAGUUACCUGCAGGCCCGCGUAGGGGUGGAUGUUCGUGGCCAGUUCAAUAAGGACGAAAGUCUAGAGCCGAAAACCGACACCCAACUCUCACGGCCUUCGUACAAAGCACAUACAGAAAAUACUCAAACUGAGCAGCAUUCGCUUGGGUCAAGCACCAACUGCCAUACAUAGAUUUUGUAAUUACAAAUAUUGAAA